GAAAUAGAACAAACAAACAAACAGUUUUCUUAAAUUUUGUAUAAAUUCUAUAGUUUUCUUCAAAUCUUUAGCAGUUCUUUAGAAAUCGCUUAACAAACAAUUCCACAAUGUCGUCUUAUAAAAUUUACACCAUAUUUUUGGUGUUCUUUUUAACACAGGUUUUCGCUAAACCCCUGGAGGAUACUUUUCAAUUUUUUGACACUUCCGAAGAGGAACAGAAAAUAAGAGCAAAUCCAACACCUGAACAGAAACUUCUGAUCUAUACAUUUGAUAAUUUCGUAUCUUUGGGCAAACACUAUGGUGCUAAUGUCCUCGAAGUCUGUCGUAAUAUUUUAAAAGAUGAAUCUCUUAAAGGCAAUGAUAAACCCGAAGUUUUGGAAUUUAAGAAAAAUUUAACUUCGUUUGUGGAAAAAUAUGAAUCUAAUAAAAAUCCUCAAUUAAUGUGGGAUAUUAUUGAAAUGUAUUCCGAUACUACCGAAAAAUAUGCUCAUAUACCCGACGAUAAGGCUACGCCAGAAUCAAGUUAUAUUUUGGAACUUCUAAAUAAAUAUAAUGCCCGUGAUAUUGCCGUUAAAUUCGCAAGUGAAUUUAAAACGUUUAUGGAUAAUUUCGUUGCCAUGUUUGAGGAGAAUAAGGAACAUCUGGAGAAGCCUAUGUUGGAUUGGUAUGAAAAGUUUAAGACUCUUACCGAAUAUGAGGAUAAACUUGAUGCUUUUACUGGAUUUUUGGAAUUGAAUUAAAAUGGAGGAUUAUGACGAGAUCUUGAUUUGAAUGAUAUGUUUGAAUAAAUAGAAAAAUUUGUUAAAUAUA